UCUGUCUUUGUAAACAAACAAAAGAGAGAAAGAAGAGAAUGCGAGAAAGAAAGAUAAGAGAGAUAUAGAAGAGCGAGAGAGAGAGAGAGAGAGAGAGAGAGAGAGCUCUGUGUAACUGACUCUAUAAGGGAGUGGAGGUCUCAGAUCUUGGAAAAACCCUAAGACAUUUUCGCUCAAAGAUUCUUUCUCAUUCAUCCAAGAAAAUCUCCUUUUUCUCUUCCUACAUUUUCGAUCGCUGUCGUGCUUUUUGCUCUUUUAAGUUUUCGUGUUAUCGGACCUAAUUGGACUGUUUUCUUUGUUUCGAUUGCCGGAGAACUUCUUCGUUUUCUAAUCUUCUUCGGAUUCUGGACUAAUCCUUAGCGGUUUUUGGACUCUUUCUUGCUUGUUUCCUAAUCGGGUAAAAGUGCUGGUUCUCUCUGCAUUUCCUUUUUGGUGGUGGAUUGCUCGGGGGGGAGUGAGAGAACGUAAACAAAAUCUUCAGGUUUUAGGAAGCUUUUAAUCGGAUUGUUGAUUAGGUUUCGUUUUGCAUUUUCACUUAUUUUUAAUUUUUUUUUUUAAAGUUAUCUGCGUGUUUUUUCUGAGUUGUUAAUUUUGGAGGACAGAGUUUUUCAUUUUUGGUUAGGGUUUGGGAAAUUGGAGGUGGAGGGAAGUGUGUGUGAAUUUAGUUGUGAUGGUGUAGUGGAAGAAGAAUAUGGACGACAGAGGAGGUGGUGGAGGUUCAUUUGUUGCUGUCAGGAGGAUUUCUCAAGGUCUUGACCGAGGCAACACCUGCCAUUCAACCUCUGCUGAGGUUGUAGCAGGGUCAGCAGCAUGGCUUGGUAGAGGGCUUUCUUGUGUGUGUGCACAGAGAAGAGAGAGUGAUGCCCGUCCUUCGUUUGAUUUAACCCCUGCCCAGGAGGAAUGCUUGCAGAGACUACAGAACCGGAUAGAUGUUGCUUAUGAUAGUUCAAUCCUUGAGCAUCAGGAAGCUCUAAGGGCUCUUUGGAAUGCUGCCUUUCCCGAAGAAGAACUUCAUGGUUUAAUAUCUGAUCAAUGGAAGGAAAUGGGGUGGCAAGGAAAGGACCCAUCAACAGAUUUUAGGGGUGGUGGUUUCAUAUCAUUGGAGAAUUUGUUAUUUUUUGCCAGGAAUUUUCCGAAAUCCUUCCAGGAUCUCCUUCGAAAGCAGGAAGGUGAUCGCUCGGUUUGGGAAUACCCAUUUGCUGUGGCUGGUGUGAACAUUACAUUCAUGCUUAUUCAGAUGCUCGAUCUUGAAGCAGUCAAACCAAGAACGCUGGUUGGAGCAACUUUCUUGAAGUUCCUUGCAGAUAACGAGCUUGCAUUUGACCUUCUUUAUUGCAUCACAUUCAAGCUAAUGGAUCAUCAGUGGCUCACAAUGCGUGCAUCAUAUAUGGAUUUUAAUACAGUGAUGAAAUCCACACGUCGACAGCUGGAAAAAGAGCUUCUGCUUGAAGAUAUAACACGGCUUGAAGAAUUGCCCUCAUAUGGCCUUCUUUCGCGAUAGUACAGAAGUACUUGAAGUCUACAAGAUAGCUAUCGCAGCCGGUUUAUGUGCGCCAUCCACAGGACACUUGUUGCUUCUGACUCGAUUGUGUUUGUAAAUGACAAAGGUGCUUUCAACUUUUUAUUGCUGCAAGUUGGAAUAUUUUGAUUUGAUUCUCCGGAAGGUGUUUAGUUUCUUGAGGUUGUAAGGCUAAAACCUAAUGUGAUUUCAUUCAGGUUUCAUAUACAGCAUUUUAAUCUCUUCUCACACGGCAUGUCAAAUUAUGAAAAUACCAUUGUAUCAAACUUUAAGAAUGUUGAUUUGUGUUUCCAUUUUUAUUUUUA